AAUAUAUCGAUUCGAUAUCCCUUCCAUAGAGUCAUAAUUAUGUCAAGUCUUCGCGUAAUGACAUAAACCAUAGACCUGAAAUCAAUGUUUUAUAUAAGUCUAUGACGUAAACCUUUUCUUUUGGUAUGGAUUUUAAUGCUUUAAUCUUUAUCAUAUCUCAUGACUUUGUUUUAUAAUAAUUGAAGUCUAAUUCAUAGGAUUAUUAUUUUCCUAGUACUUGCUGUCGUAACUUUUAAUAAGCAAAAUGGAAUUAGCUGAACAGCCUACUGAAGAGAAAACACAAUUUUCAUUAAGUGAAUCUAUUCUAUUACUUAAAAAUGAAGAAGGAGGUUAUGAAACAUGUAAGACUGAAACUGAAGAAUUGGAUGUUGUUGAAGAAUUUAUGGAUGGAAAUCAAGUACAUAACAGAGAAGCAUUUAUUGAUCAAAUUGAGAGUGAUGUUAAUUUGAAUGACUCAUCCAAGCAAACUGUUCUUUCUGACCCUAAAAUGAAAGAAAGCAGUAUAGAUGAAAAAAAUUGUCUGUUGAUUCCCAAAGAAGAGCUUGAUAUAGAGGGUCUUAAUUCACAACAAGAAGACCUUAGUAAUUUAGCUUCCGAUUUGAAUUCGAAGAAACAUAAAUGUCAUAUAUGUGAGUAUGCUUCGAAUAGCAAAUCCUAUAUCAAAGUACAUAUAGAUUCUGUUCAUUUUAAUUCAAAGUCACAUAAAUGCCAUUUAUGUGAUUAUGCUUCUAAUCGUAAAACACAUCUACAAUCCCAUAUAGAUUCUGUUCAUCUGAAUAUAAAGCACUCGUGCAAUUUCUGUGAUUCUACUUUCACUCUAAAAACAAACCUGAAAUCUCAUAUAGAUUCCGUUCACUUGAAUUUGAAGCAACAUAAAUGUGACUUAUGUGAUUAUGCUGCCAAUCAGAAAAGUCUCGUCAAACUACAUGUAGAUUCUGUUCAUUUCAAUUUGAAAAAACAUAAAUGCGAUUUAUGCGAUUAUGCUACAAAUCAUAAUUAUAGGCUCAAGCAACAUAUAGAAUCUGUUCAUCACAAGUCAAAGCCUCAUAAGUGUCACUUAUGUGAUUUUUCUUCUAAUCGUAAGGCUUACCUCAACUCACAUAUAGAUUCGGUUCAUUUGAAUUUGAAACAACAUAAAUGCAAUUUAUGUGAUUAUGCUACACAUCAGAAGUCUCUCAUUAAAUCACAUGUAGAUUCCGUUCAUUUGAAUACAAAGCCACAUAAAUGCCAUUUAUGCGAUUAUGCUUCUAAUCGUAAAACACAUCUAGAAUCUCAUAUAGAUUCUGUUCAUCUGAAUAUAAAGCACUCAUGCAAUUUCUGUGAUUCUACUUUCACUCAGAAAAUAAACCUUAAAUCUCAUAUUGAUUCCGUUCACUUGAAUUUGAAGCAAUAUAAAUGUGAUUUAUGUGAUUAUGCUGCCAAUCAGAAACGUCUCGUUAAACUACAUGUAGAUUCUAUUCAUUUGAAUACAAAGCCUCAUAAGUGUCAUUUAUGUGAUUUUGCUUGUAAUCAAAAGGCUUACCUCAAUUCACAUAUACAAUCUGUUCAUAUGAAUUUGAGGCAACAUAAAUGCCAUUUAUGUGAUUUUGCUUCUAAUCGUAAAGCUCAUCUAGAAUUCCAUAUAAAUUCUGUUCAUUUAAAUGCAAAGCCUCAUAAGUGUCACUUAUGUGAAUUUGCUUCUAAUCGUAGGUCUAAUCUCAAAUCACAUAUAGAUACACUUCAUUUGAAUUUGAAACAGCAUAAAUGCUAUAUCUGCGAAUAUGCCACCAGUCAGAAAUCUAAUCUCAAAGGACAUAUAGAUUCUGUUCAUUUGAAUUUGAAAAAACAUAAAUGCCAUUUAUGCGAUUAUGCUGUUUAUCAUAAUUAUAGGCUCAAGCAACAUAUAGAAUCUGUUCAUCACAAGUCAAAAGCCUCAUAAUUGUCACAUGUAGAUUCUGUUCAUUUGAAUGCAAAGAAAUAUAAGUGUAAUUUAUGUGAUAUUCCUUCUGCUCAUAAGGCUUACCUCAAUUCACAUAUUGAAUCUGUUCAUUCGCAUUUGAAACAACAUAAAUGUAAUUUAUGUGAUUAUGCUACAAAUCAGAAAUAUCUCAUUAAAUCACAUGUAGAUUCUGUUCAUUUGAAUGCAAAGCCUCAUAAGUGUCACUUAUGUGGUUUUGCUUCUCAUUGUAAUAUACAGAACUGAAAAAGAUAUAGUGAAGGGUUAUAUAAUUAAUUAUUGGCAUGUACUGGCAUGUACAUAAUUUGUUAUUGCCUAUUAUAAACUUGAAGAAUACUAUUUUUGAAACUGAAAAGCAUUAAUAAAUAUAUAGUUGUCCAUUUGCAUUGUUUCAUUUUACAAUUUUUCAGUAUUGUUCAUUAAAACCCCUUAAUGAACAAUUUUCAACAUUGCAUUCUGUCCCAUCUCAAUAACAGAUGCACAACUAUUGCACAUACUUUCUCAUAUAUUCUUAUGGAUAAGAAUGGUUUUUCUAAUGUGAAACAUCUACAUAAAUGAAAUAGGAGACAUUGUAAUAGCAAAUAUGAUAUAAAGGCUAUUAUAAAAAAUAUUUUCGGUAUAACGAUAG